AUGGACGGUUUAAUUGACACUCAAAUUAACGGAGGUUUUGGCAUAGAUUUCACCUCUAGCAUCAAUGUUCAAGAGGACAUUAGUGUUUUCCGAAAAAAAAUUGUCGAACACGGCGUCACGUCGAUUGUGCCAACUGUCAUAAGUUCGAAAAGCGAGAAUUAUAAACGCUUGCUUCAGUAUAACUGGAUUGAGCAAGGUAACGCUGACGUAGGCGCAACAUUGCUUGGGUUACAUCUCGAGGGACCGUUUUUGAGUCCGGAAAAAAAAGGAUGUCACUCUGCAAGCAACAUAGUUCCCAUUCCAUCUUUUAAAAAAGGAGAAGAGCAGAAAGAGGCAUUAGACCUAUUAAAAUUAGUCUACGGGUUAGACUGGUCUCAGAUCAGCAUCGUCACACUUGACGCGUCCAAUGAUUCUUUUUUACACCUUCUGAAAAAUUUACAAAGGCAUGGCAUAAUAGUUAGUAUAGGACAUACAACAGCGACCACUAAACAAAUUUCGCGAGCCAUAGACGAAGGAGCAACGUACCUGACUCACUUGAUGAACGCAAACAGCCCUAUAACAGCUCGCUCAACGAGUGUUGCCGGAGUGGUACGUUUAUUGAAUUACUUUAGAUGUGACCAAGGAGUAAUUAUUGAACAGCCGAUGCCCUUUUUUUACGGAUUAAUUUCUGAUGGCCUGCACGUUUCUGACAUCAACCUGAAACUUCUUUAUAAAUGUUACCCCAAAGGUUGUGUGCUAGUGUCCGACGCUAUUAAAGCAAUGUCGUCCAAAGAAAAAAAUACAACUCUAGGAGACCUCAAUAUAAACAUCAUUGAUGCAGAAAUACCUGCUGCGUACAUCGUGAACACUACGACCCUCGCUGGCUCUGUGCAGAAUUUGUUUGGCUGUUUACUUUAUAUGAUCAAAACAAACAAACACGUGCCUGUGCACGAGGUCAUUGAGUGCGCAACGUCCCAUCCGGCAGAACUUCUAGGACUCAAGAACGUCAAAGGCACUUUAUCGUCUGGUGCUGAUGCCGAUUUUAUUAUUGUGUCACAAGAUUCCGAAACUGGCUCAUACACCGUGGAUGAAACUUGGAUUCAAGGAAAUAAAGCUUGGGCCAAAACUGAAUGUAUCUGA